CACACUCUUCCAAUUCCAAUUCUCAUCUCGUUGCCUACAUCUCUUAUCGCCGCAUUGCCCUUGCCUUUCAUCCAAGAUUGAAUCUGACGGCCGUCUUCUCCAAGAAGGGGCAUCUUUCAUGUAAAGAUUGAAUCUGUGGCUCGCAAGGCUCGCAAGUAGCAGUGGUAAGAGGUAUUCUAAUGGCUAUGGCGUGGACCACUCAUACCUGAUGAUGUUUUACUCAUUUUUUGGCUUGGCACAUUGGCAUUUCAUUAGAAGAGAUUAGGAUCUUUAAUUUUUAUAGGAUAGACAUUCCAAAGCAUCAACAAUGUCAACAUCCUAUCUCCCUGCAACUACUGAUUCAAUUGCUCAGGCUUUAGAAGCAAAAACCCCAACUGAAUCAAUUUCUAUCUAUUACCGCAUACUAGAGAACCCAUCCUCUUCUCCUGAAUCUAUAAGGAUCAAGGAACAGGCUAUCACCAAUCUCUCAGAUCUCCUCAAAGAAGAGCAGCGGGCAGAGGAGCUUCGAAGCCUUCUAACCCAAUUAAGGCCCUUUUUUGCCUUGAUUCCAAAGGCAAAAACAGCUAAAAUUGUUCGGGGGAUAAUUGAUGCAGUAUCUAAAAUACCAAACACAUCUGAUCUCCAGAUUUCUCUUUGCAAAGAAAUGGUGCAAUGGACCCGUACUGAGAAGCGAACUUUUCUACGGCAGAGAGUUGAAGCAAGGCUUGCGUCUCUAUUGAUGGAAACGAAGGAGUACUCGGAGGCACUGAAUCUCCUUUCUGGCCUAAUCAAGGAGGUGAGACGACUGGAUGAUAAGCUUCUUCUUGUGGACAUAAACAUACUGGAAAGCAAGCUUCAUUUUUCUCUAAGAAAUCUCCCCAAAGCCAAGGCUGCUCUGACUGCAGCAAGAACAGCAGCCAAUGCGAUUUAUGUUCCACCAGCUCAGCAGGGAACUAUUGAUUUGCAGAGUGGGAUCCUUCAUGCAGAAGAGAAGGAUUAUAAAACUGCAUACAGCUACUUCUUUGAAGCAUUUGAAGCUUUCAGUGCUCUUGAUGAUAAACAAGCUGUUUAUAGCCUUAAAUACAUGUUGUUAUGCAAAAUAAUGGUGAACCAAGCUGAUGAUGUUGCAGGAAUAAUAUCAGCCAAGGCAGGGGUAAAAUAUGCAGGGCUUGAGCUGGAUGCAAUGAGAGCUGUUGCUGAUGCUCAUGCAAAACGCUCCCUGAAGCUAUUUGAGAUUGCACUCCAGCGUUACAAUGCCCAACUUGAAGAAGAUCCGAUCGUUCAUCGUCACCUCUCUUCCCUGUACGACACUUUAUUGGAACAAAACCUCUGCCGGUUGAUUGAGCCUUUCUCCAGGGUUGAGAUUGCUCAUGUAGCUGACCUAAUUGAAUUGCCUAUAGAUCAUGUAGAGAAGAAACUGUCUCAGAUGAUUCUGGAUAAGAAGUUUGCCGGAACUUUGGACCAGGGUGCUGGAUGCCUCAUCAUUUUUGAUGAUCCCAAGACAGAUGCAAUCUACCCAGCAACAUUGGAGACUAUUUCCAAUAUUGGCAAGGUUGUCGAUAGCCUGUAUGUGAGGUCAGCCAAGAUAAUGGCAUGAAUUUCUAGAUGUAGGGACAGCUCGAAUAGCUGCUAUGUGCUUCUACUUCCAAGUUUUCUGUGCAUUCUAGACAAAAGCAUUCGUUUCUUCUA